UUCGUUUACCACAACCAACGAGGCACGGGUAACGUUACUGAGGAAUUUACGCUCACAGAGUGUGUGCAAGGGCACCUUGCGGGAGAAUUCAGGAAAUAUCCCUGUAAGUGGGCGUCUCUCACAUGGGGCUCAUUCUCCGCGAAUUGAUUGUUUGAAGCUGUUUCGUUGCGUGCUAUUCCAUCUGUGUAUCCAUCUGGUGCCUAGAAGCUGGAGAUUAAUCGAACUAUCUCGAUUUAGAAGUGCAGUCAAUUGAAGCAGAGGCUCUCCUGUCGUCUUCAUAAUUUUUUUCUGGGAAGUUGGAGCUCAAGUGUAACGUUCUGUUCAGCUUUCCAUCAUGGAAAAAAUACGAGCACCAUUUGAAGUGUUUCAGGAUGAGGGUUGAUCGAAGCAUUGUCAUAUUUCCAUCCUGGAAAGAAGCGGAUAAAGCAUCACGCCACUCCACCUAGUUGAAGAAUUUCCUGAAUGCGUGAUUUCCUCCAUUUAUGAACCCCUCCCAGUCAUACCACCCGCCGCCCUCUAUUUUAGGCCCUCCGUCCCUCACUCCCCUUCCUGUAACUCAAUCCAAUCUAGGGUUGAUUGGAGAGCCUUCUGCCCGGCAUCAUGCAAUGGAACCGAAGGGUGAGUUUCUGCUGCAGCUUCUGCAGGGUGGAGGAGUUGGAAGCAGUGAAGUAGGUGGAAGAAUGCCGCAGCCUAAGGCGAACGGGGAUCGUAUUGCGGAGGGGCUAUCCAUUCUAGACUCGAUUCCGGGAGAAGAUGUCUCAUCCACCUGGCAGUAUCGAGAUCCAGCAGUAGCUGCAUUAGGUCCAAGUCACUCGUUUCAUGGAGAUAUACCUUCUCAGAUUUUGCAGCCAAAUCAGUUGUUCAUGCCACAACAGUAUGGAGGAUUGUCUGGUGCAGGGGUCUGGACACCGCAGCAGCUUCAAUAUCAGCACCAGCAUCAUCAGUUUUUCUUGACCGCACACGAUCCCCGUGGAUAUGGUGGUUUGCACGCUAGGGGGCCUGACAAUUUAAUGUCGGAUCAAUUUCCAAGGCAGUCGGAUGCCUCCUGGCCUCCCCCUCCGCAUUUACGGCAAGCAGCGAGCGAUGGUGGUAACAUUGCUGGGGCAUGGAACACUAGUCCAGUUCAAGGUAGUUUGUUGGAAACACCUUUGCCUCCACCUCUAUCACAUCCUUCAAUCCCUUCUCAACAGCAGUUUCUUGGGAAUGGGGCUGAACUAUUACAGCUUCUUCUUGGUGAGAGUUCUCAAAGCUUAGGUUCAUCGCAAUCCACUGUGAGGAGCGCUAAGAGUGGAUCAGUUAGUAAACCUGGACCUUUCCCAGAGGAACUUUUCGGGGAAGAGCUCAAUGGCAGGAUUCAAGCUGAUAACGUGUUGCCAAGGACUCAGGUUCAUGGCCCCAUUGGACCCCCGAAACGAAACGAUGCCACUCAACCCGAGCAAUCUCCUCCAGGGUCUGAGGAUCUCCUUGGCAGGUUUUGGGCAACAGCUGGCCCUGUAGCCAGUGGGUCUCCUGAGUCUUCUACAAGUGGGAAACCCUCUAGAGUUACAGUCCAGCAGGAUCGCUUGCGUAAUUUGUCUCUUAGUGGAGGACACACUAAGGAGGGGUUGAAUUUACAAUUUGAUGUUUCGAAACCACACCAUUUGAGAAUGCGUGAGUCUUCUUCUGACCAUUCCAAAUCAAAAGUUAUCAAGCCACCUGGUUUCUUUGGUGAAAGUGAUCAGAAAUCUGGUGGAGUGGUAGCAGAUCCAAAGUAUGCCUCACCCUCUGCCAAGGCUUUGAAUCGAUUUUCAGAUUUUGAAGCUGCUGUAAAAGGAACGCCCGGUGUAUGGGACAAAUAUCAGGAGGAGACAUUCAGCUCGAAGCAAGAUCUCACGGGCAGGCUUUUGGAUGACAGAGGUAUGUAUCAGACGCUGCAAAACUCUAGCCGAUUCAGUGCUCCAGUUAGGAAUAGAGUGGUGGAUGGUCAUUUGAAAACUUCUCGCCAGAAUCGGGAAGAAACCACCAACUCUGUACCCGCUGAUUUUACUGGAACUUUCAAAGAAAAUGAGAUUAUCAAUCGAGACCUUGGAAAACCAGGGAUGAAAGGGAAUGGUCGACGUGGUGGUCCUGGCCGAGCAGAAUUGAGUCGUACAGCAGGUCGAAGUGGUGCUGGACAUUGGGUAGUUGUGAACGAUAAACAAAGGGAAUUAGAUGGUGAAAGAGAGCCUGGGUAUGUAUCAAAUUUACAUGGACUUAGUGCAUCAUUAGAGAAGGGAGUCUCAUCUCCCGUUGAUACAAAUACUGGAUCUUCUUACUCCAGUCCUCAAGCAGCAAAGCUAACAUCUAAUUCUGGGAAGGAAGAUUCACCAAAUGGGAGUGGUGGGAAAUCGAAAGAAGAUUCAAAACGACGUAGAGGGCAAAUACAGGAAUGGCGGAUGAAACAGCCCUCUCCUCCCCACGCUAAACCCCUAGAGGCAGCUUCUGGAACAGGUUUGGUUUCGCAGCAAGACGCGUACCCUGAAGGCAUUCUUCCUCUCGCUUCACAGGUUGAUCGUCCAGGACUGCCUUCAAACAUGGUGCGUCAUUCAAUGUCAGGGUCUGCGACAGACGAGUCCAAGCAGCAAUUACAGUAUCAGUUGGAUGAGGGAGUCCGCCCUGGUGUUAGGGGAAGAGCUGGAAAGUACGUGACGGAAGCCGGGCGUCUAACUUGGGAGGAUGGUUUAGGCGGAGAAGAAGAAGAAGAUCUCAUUAUGCGGGAGUUUUCUGGUUAUGCAAAACUUGUGCAGGAUACACAGCAUUUUUCCAUCACUCCUCGUGAUAUGAACGUUUCACAGAGCGUAGUUCAUGCUGAACGUCUUACUCGUGAGGAAGUAGAACUUGAAGGAAAACAUGAGAAUUUGCGUGACUCUCGUGAAGUUCGACGCCAUCAACUGCGAAACAAUGCUCCUACAAUUCUGAUGAAAGGAGAUGUGAAGCGUCAGGAAUUCGAAGCACUGAAUCCUUUGCUUCUGUCUGUUUACAAGAAGUUGAUACCUCCACCAGAAGAAGUGCUGAAACAAAGGAAAUUUCUUACUCAUCUGGAUAGGCUUGUCUCUCGUGAUUGGGGAGGCGCUAAGCUGUUUCUUUUUGGGUCUUGUGCAAACGACUUUGGCGUAUGCAACAGUGAUAUUGAUGUCUGCUUGUCAGUUGAUGAUGAACAUUCAAGCAAGGCGGAACUUGUCAUGAAGAUGGCUGGCAUCUUACGCUCUGAUAACAUGCAGAACAUUCAGGCAUUGACACACGCUCGUGUGCCUAUUGUGAAGUUCACGGAUCCAGACACAGGAAUCAAUUGUGACAUAUGUGUAAACAAUAUGUUGGCUGUAGUGAACUCAAAGUUGCUCCAUGACUACUCACAAGUGGAUCCUCGCUUGCGGCAGCUGGCUUUUCUAGUCAAACAUUGGGCUAAGCAACGUCAAGUCAAUGAAACGUACAGGGGUACUCUGUCGAGCUAUGCAUACGUUUUGAUGUGUAUUCAUUUUCUUCAACAACGGAGACCUGCCAUACUACCCUGUCUUCAGAGCAUGCAACCAACUUAUGAGGUCACUGUAGGCAAGAUCAAAUGUGCCUACUUUGAUAAAGUCAACACGCUUAGAAACUUCGGAUGUUCCAACAAGGAAACAGUUGGAGAGCUUUUAACGCACUUCUUUGACUACUGGGCUUCGUGCCAUGACUACACUCGCUCAGUCAUCUCUGUCCGCACUGGAGGUUAUUUGAGCAAGGAUGAGAAAGAUUGGACGCGUCGUAUUGGGAAUGAGCGCCACCUCAUAUGCAUCGAGGACCCAUUUGAGAUUACUCAUGAUCUUGGACGAGUGGUCGAUCGCAACAGCAUUCGAGUUUUGCGGGAUGAAUUCAAACGUGCUGCAAAAAUCCUGCAUCAGGACUCUAACCCUGCCACUGCAUUGUUUGAGCCAUUCAUACGCGAGGCCUAGAUGCCACGCUGCUCUUUCAUGCCACUUAUAUAAACCAUGGCACUACUUUGGUGCGGUGGUGACUCAAUUCAACUCUUCGAGUUGGAAAGGGGGUAUCCAUUUGUGGGCAGAAAAUUGAAGCACCAUCGAUGUGCCGGAGUUUUUUCGAUGGAAAUUUAGCCCCUGUUCAAUCUAUUCCCUCUUCCCGUAUUGUCGAUUUGGAAUGAAGCAGGUUCAUGGCAAGGUUCUUAUCAGGCAAUUCCACCUGACCUCUGAACUUUGUAAAUAUACGUGGUGUAGUGGGAAAUCAGAUUUCAUGGUUUGAAUUGCAGGUACAUUAGUAUGAAAAAUUGUUUUUCCUAUGACGUUCACUCAAUCCUGAGUUUGGUGGACGAGGCGUAGGGUUCCAGGACUUCCCGUAAAUGGAAAGUAUGAUGAAGACGGGUUUCAAAUGCUGCUGUUCUAAUGAUUGUGUUAUAAUUUUUUAUCUUAUGACCAAAUAAUGGCAUUGAUGUUAAUUUA